GGAAGAAGCAAGAAUAAGAGAAGUGGUUUCAGACACAAAUCCCGAGGAUUCAGACCAGGGUACGGAUCCAGUAGUGGUAAUAGUUCGGGGUACAGCAGUUCUGGGUCUGGUUCAGGAUCCUCCUUGGCACCUUGUGCACAGUGUGGAAGAGGACAUUCAGGACCUUGUUUGAUGGGAUCAGGAGUAUGCUUCAGGUGUGGCCAACCAGGUCACUUUGCUAGGGAAUGCCCCGUUUUCAGUGAGCCACAGAUGGGGUCACAGGGUUCUGUUGCAAAUGUUCCUCGCCAGUUGUAUCCGGGUGCUUCCAACAUGGCAGGCAGUCAGUUCAGUGGCCAACAGGGCCGAGGACAAGGGGGACGUGGAUUUGGAGGCAGAUCAGGAGGUAGAAGUCAGUAUCAGGGUUCUGCCACUCAGGGUAGGGGUCAAGCUCGGGUUUUCACCCUGACCCACCAGGAUGCUCAAGCUUCAAAUGCAGUUGUGGCAGGUGAGCCGGGACAGCCUUCUUCCUCCGCCCAGCCGCCUCAGUGACCACCGUCAAGUCUGUGAGUAAAAUAUUAAUUUUAAUUGUAAUUUCGAUAUUAUUAUAUGUUCAAGCAUGCCCAUGCAUCACUUAUAUGCAUAUAUUUAUGUAGUUAAACUCUAGGCACGAUUUAUGUUGCAUUCAUAACUGUUAGCGUGCCAUGGAUGUUGUUGUGGUAAUUUGGAGCAGUGUGCGUGCGUUGGCGUGCGUGUGAUGUGGUGUGGACUAUGGAUAGGACGGGUAGACACGGCUUGAGAUCUUCGCUGGGACCCGGUCCUUCGGGGUAGACACAGCUUGAGUUCUUCACUGGGACCCCGAUUUGGUUAUUAAGUAGAAGUCCGAGCUGAGUUCUU